AUGAAACAAUUUUUGUUUUCCGAGCAAGAGAUAGAUAUUCCAGUUGGGUACGUUGGUUUAUCUGAUCGCGAAUGCACUUCACAUGGCCAAAUCUUGUAUACAUGCCGUCAGGGAUUCCUAGUAUUGUCUACGGAGCAAACAUUCAGGCUUCGGCGUUACCUGGCUGAUUGGCGUUCAUGUUUUCUUGUCUCAAAGUAG